UUAAUAGAAGAGUCGAGCAAGGCCAGAGUUAGUUACUUUGGUAGUUAAGUUCAGUUAGAAUGGCUUCUGAUGAAUCGUUCAAGCGAGCAGGGGCUGUGCCGUUCAAGUGGGAGAUCCAACCAGGUGUCCCAAAGCUACACCAUAACCAAACUUCCAUUAAACCAUUGCCAGCGCUUAGGCCUCCACCUGCCGGUACAGGUAACUACCUUUCCGGCCGGUCACCAUCAAAAUUACGGUCCAGAUCAGUUCGAACUCAGUCCGAUCGGACUCGAUUUGAUCCGCCUAGUUCCGAAGAUGUGAGUUUCGGUUCAGCAACUUGUUUCCCGCCAUUGCUGACGCGAAAGGGUGAGAAGAAGAGAAACGGCAAAACAGAGCAGGAAGUGGAUUACACCUCCGAUCCUGAAACUCUAGCUAGGUGGUCGACGUCGACAGGGAAGACGAUUUCUUCGUUCCGUGAUUCGGUUUCUUCUUCUUCAUCUUCGUCUACUUCGUGCUUCGGCUCACCGUUCUCGUCAGUUCAGUCUUCGCCGCAGGCGGUCGGCGAUACAGUGGGCAGCUUCUGGCCUAUUCUAGAGAGAUGGAGAAUUUGAAGGAAUUGACUUAGUUUAAUUUCUUGUUCGUCCGCUUUUCAUGUAUUGUUGUGAAAGAUUCAGAGCUCUUUACACGGAGAAAGGUAUUCAAAGUUUGAAAAGCAGUGAUGUUGCACAUCGGAUACAAAUAAGAAACCCAGAAGAAAAAAAAUGUCGGU